CUUCACUUACAAGAUAUGUGGGGAGAUGCAGACAAAACAUUCAGUGUCUCUUCCUACAAUGUGUUCACACACAAGAUUAUCCAACUAAGCUUAUUUAAGCCACUCAAAAUUACCCUUUCCUCAACACAACAUUAAACUUCCAGAAACCCCAUUACGCUCAAGAAUGGAAACCGCUAAGGACUCGUUUGCUUAUGUGGGUUCCGUUCUUGCUAGUAUAAUGUUUGUUUGGGCCAUGUUUCAGCAAUAUUUUCCUCAUGAAAUUAAGCUUUACAUUAAGAGAUAUUCAAAAAGGUUAGUCGCUUUCGUCUACCCUAAUAUCCAAGUCACGUUUCAUCAGUUUACAGGUGAUCGUUUCAUGCGUAGUGAGGUUUACUCGGCGAUUGAGAAUUAUCUGAGCUCCAAGUCUUCUACCCAAGCUAAGAGACUCAAAGCUGAUAUUGUCAAGAACAACAAUCAGUCACUUGUGCUGACCAUGGAUGAUUAUGAAGAGGUUUCUGAUGAGUUCCAGGGAGUUCAAUUGUGGUGGACUUCAGGGAAAAACGAAACAAAGACUGAAGCGGUAUAUUUCUAUUCUGGGACGGUUGAACAGAGAUUCUACAAGCUCACUUUCCAUAAGCGAUACAGGGACCUCAUCCUGGGGCCUUAUCUCCUUAAUGUCAUGAAAGAAGGGAACGAAAUCAAGGUCAGAAACCGGAUGCGAAAGCUUUACACGAACAAUGGUUCGUGGUGGAGACAUGUGACAUUUGAGCACCCUGCAACAUUCCAGACACUUGCCAUGGAACCUGAGACGAAGCAAGAGAUCAUUGAAGACUUGAUCACAUUCAGCAAGGCUGAGGACUUCUAUGCAAGGAUAGGGAGAGCCUGGAAAAGAGGGUACCUUUUGUAUGGCCCCCCGGGGACUGGUAAAUCCACUAUGGUUGCUGCCAUGGCCAAUCUUUUAGGCUAUGAUUUGUAUGAUCUAGAGCUCACUGCUGUCAAAGACAAUACAGAACUGAGAAAGCUACUAAUUGAAACGACUAGAAAAUCGGUUAUUGUCAUCGAAGACAUUGAUUGUUCGCUUGAUCUCACAGGCCAAAGGAUGAAGAAAAAGGAGAAAGAAGAAGGGGGAAAUAAUGAGAAGGACCCAAGCCAGAAAGUUAAGAAAGAAGAAAAUGAGACAAGAAGCAGCCAGGUUACUCUUUCAGGAUUAUUGAAUUUUAUAGAUGGAAUUUGGUCAGCUUGUGGAGGUGAAAGAUUAAUAGUGUUCACAACAAAUCACAUAGAGAAGCUCGAUCCAGCUCUAAUUCGGAAAGGAAGAAUGGAUAAGCAUAUAGAGCUGUCAUAUUGUAACUUUGAGGCAUUCAAAGUUCUAGCCAAGAACUAUCUCAAUGUUGAUUCACAUGAUUUGUUCACAACAGUCAGUGAAUUGCUGCAAGAAACAAAACUGACCCCGGCUGAUGUUGCAGAGCAUUUGAUGCCAAAAAAAUUUCCACCUGACGUGGAUUUUAGCCUGAGAAGCUUAAUCCAGGCCCUGGAAGUGGAAAGAGAAGAAGCAAAGUUGAAAGCUGAGAAAGAAGCACAAGAGAAAGAGAAAGAGUUAACAGGGGAACAAGGCUUUGUCACUUUAGAGUGAAAUUGUUGUAAAAGUUUGUGACUUCGUUUGAAUAAUGUAAUUGAUGAUUAGAUUAGUUUGUGUACACAUGUGAUACUCCUGACCAAAUCCCAUAUUGGCAAAGCACCGGUGAGAUAUUGAGUUUGUUUGUACUUUGUCUGUGUAUUUUACAUCUGCUAAAAACAAAAAGAUUUGACUGAUUAAAUUGUCUA